AUGAAAUAUUAUCUAGAUUUCUUAAAAAAAAAAUUAACCAUAAAAAGUGAUACAAAUAAACAUUCUGAAAAUAAAUCAUUAUAUAUAAAAAAAGAGGAAAUAGAUAUAGUGAAAAAGAAAUUAACAGAAAAAGAUAAAAUUAAAGAAGAUUCUAAUUUAAAAUUAAUUAAAUUAGCGAAUACAAAUAAUCUAGAAUUUUGCACAAAUGUAAAUUUUACAAUAGAAAAUAUAAAAUGUAAUGAAAUUAGAAGAUUUUAUUUAAAUAAUAGUAAUAAUUUUGUAAAUUAUGAUGGAUUAAAAUGUAACAUUUUAUCAGCUGUAUAUUGUGAUAAAAAAAAUAUUUUAUUUUAUUUAUUAGUAUUUUCAUUUACAAAUAUUGAUAAAUAUUACUUAGAAUUGAUAAAAAUACAUAUAAAAAACUCCAAAACAGAAGAAUCGAUUGUUAAAAAUACUGAAUUUAUAUUAGUAAAUAAUAACGAUGAUAUAAAAAAUGAAAACAAAAGAACAUUUACAAAUAUAAAAAUAGCAAUGAAAAUACAAGAAAAUAAAGAAAUUAGUCAAUUUGCUAAUCAAAAUAGUUUUAUUCAAGAUAUAUCACUAGAUAACAUAUUCUACAUUAUUGAAUAUAGAAAAUGGAAUAAUUAUUGUGAAUGUUUUGAAAAUGCAAAUUAUAAUGCUUUAAAUAGCAAUUAUAAAAAAAACUAA